CGCCACAGCCGCUCUGAUGAGGUUCUCUGAAGGAGACAUGUCAGAUCAGCAACAUCCUGAGACCAGCGCCGUGCUGAGAGUUUCGCACCUGCCUCUGGUUCGUUCUGCUUUACAGUCGGUGACAUCAGUGUACUCAGAGGUCAAAGGGCGUUACCCUCUGCUGGGACUGAUGGGAGGAGUGGCUGAGGUCAGAGCUCGCAGCAUCUCCCAAGUGGCCAUGAGACGAGCCACGCCCCUUCUCCAGAGCCUGGAGCCUCAGAUUGAAGUUGCCAACAAUUUGGCCCUCGUUGGUCUUGACCGUCUGGAGAGGAACUUCCCCAUCCUGAACCAGUCAGCAGACGAGGUUGGUCCUCCCACACACUCAGAUUACACCUGA